CUUGCACUGAAGCUUUGGAUGAAAUUGAAUCUGCUGCAGGUUUGAGUUCGCUCCGGCGAGAGGAAAAAAAGACCCAAUCCAUGUCGGGUUUUGUUGCCUUUCUCUCAAAUUAACUUUAAUCGUAAAAUAUAUAAAGCUGCCGCGCGCUGUUUCUCUACCCGCAAACACACACGAGCCAAUCAGGCGCGCGGAGAGCAGCGCGAGGCGGCCAAACCGCCGCGUGUCAUUACAAUCUGAGAGUUUGACAGAGGAGAACGGGGGAAGGAAGAGGAGCGGACACAGCGAACUGACAGACUGAGGAAGAAGAGAGGGGAGCUCCGGAGCUGGGAAGAGGAAACGCAGACAUGAGCGGUCAGUUUGAGGACGAUAUCCACGAGCGCGGGGAGAGGAAGAGCAGCAAGUCUCCCACACUGCUCUCCUCGUACUGUAUAGACAGCAUUCUGGGCCGCCGGAGUCCCUGUAAGGUCCGGCUGAUCGGAGCGCAAACUUUGACGGCGCUGCCGUGCAGAGGGGAGCUCGGCAAGGCGGCUGAAGGGCCAACGAAAGAGCCCAUCUCCCUGAGCGCCGACAUGCACCUGCCUCCCAAGCUCCGUCGGCUCUACGGACCAGGAGGGAAGUACCUCCACGAGCACGCGGAGAAACUGGACAGGGAGAGGCUGCUGCUGGAGCAAGCCAGCGAGAGUCUGAAAAUCAGCCAAGCGCCGCAGGUGAGCAUCAGCCGCAGCAAGUCCUACCGCGAGAACGCCUCACUGAGCCGGGGAGAGGGCGACCAGAGCCCCGGGGAGGUCUCGGAGGACGGCAGCCUGGGACUGGUGGAGCUCGGGCCCUUGAAGUUCGAGGACGACGCGGGGAAGGAGGAGGAGAACUGCGGGGACGCGGGCGCGCUGUCCCCGAAGGACGAGGAGAGGGAGGGCUUGACUGCCGGGGAUGGGGACGUGAGGGACGGGGAGGACAGCGUGUGUCUAUCGGCGGGCAGUGACUCAGAGGAGGGGAUGCUGAAACGGAAACAGAGAAGAUACAGGACUACCUUCACCAGUUACCAGCUGGAGGAACUGGAGAGGGCUUUCCAGAAGACGCACUACCCCGAUGUCUUCACAAGAGAGGAGCUCGCUAUGCGUCUGGAUCUCACAGAGGCCCGCGUCCAGGUGUGGUUCCAGAACCGCAGGGCCAAGUGGAGGAAGCGUGAGAAGGCCGGGGUGCAGGCCCACCCACCAGGCCUGCCCUUCCCAGGCCCCCUGUCAGCAGGCCACCCCCUCAGUCACUACCUGGAAGGAGGACCUUUCCCUCCUCACCCCCAUCCAGCCUUGGAAUCCGCCUGGACAGCUGCUGCAGCUGCGGCGGCGGCGUUCCCCAGCCUCGCACCUCCACCCCACAACGGCUCUGCCCCACCCCUGGCCACCCCACUAGGCUUGGGUACUUUCCUGGGCACAGCUGCCAUGUUCCGCCACCCCGCCUUUAUCGGACCCACUUUUGGCAGGCUCUUUUCUAGCAUGGGUCCUUUAACCAGUGCUUCCACCGCUGCAGCGCUCCUCCGUCAGCCUGCACCCCCAGUAGAGAACCCCUCCCAUGCUGGCUCGGUCCUCCCUGACCCUUCCUCGUCCUCCUCCUCCACUUCAGCAGCAGCAGACCGCCGGGCCUCCAGUAUCGCCGCGCUGCGCCUAAAGGCCAAGGAACACUCCGCUCAGCUCACCCAGCUGAACAUCCUGCCCGCCGGAGCCGCAGGGAAGGAGGUGUGCUGAACACUCAACACCAGCUCUAGGCCUCCCCGUCCCAGCCUUCUCUUUUUUUUUUUUUUUUCCUUCUCCCCUCCAACAAAAAACUCACUCAUGCCUCUGGAGGCUGGCAUCCCUUUUCCAGUCAUCUCUGUUACCUCACGUCUCCCCAACAUUAUAGCACGACCAAAUUCAGAAAAAAGUGUUUGUGUGUGCCUGAUUAAUACUUUUUUGGGGGGCGAGAAGGGAAUAAGUUCUUAAAAAAACAGUAAAUAAUUGAGGUUUUUAGAAGUCUCCAAUAACUUCCCCAGCACUUCAAACUGUCCUGGACUCCCUAAGUUCAUCCAAAGAUGUACCAAACUUCAAGGAACUGAUAUUCUGGAGCUUAUAGCAAACUCACAUCAUUUUUUCUGAAGCAGAUUUUUGGCACACGCAAAUACAGAAGAACCGGAUCAUAUAUGGAGACAAAAAAGAUAAAUAAAUAUGUGCGCUACUUGAGUAGUGGAGAGAACAUGAAUCAUCUGUAUGCAUUGAUGUGGGCUGAACCUCUAACAAAGACGUGUUGGAGGAGGUCCCCCCCCUCCUAAACCAAAGGAAAACUGACCUUCCAUAGCCUUCACUACAAGUCUGACUCUUUUCCAAGUCACACAAACAGCCUAUAGAAAUAUAUUAUACAUUUAAGGUUUUCCACAUCAGUGCAAUAUUUCUUAAAUUUCUAGCUGUUUAUUUUCCCCCCUCUGUGAUUAUCACAGCAGUGGCAUUUCCACUGAGCAUUGAGACUGGAGAUGUGUCUGUACUGACCUGACUGAGUGAAAGAAAACUGUACAUAAUGUGUUUAAAAAAAUAUGAUUUUCAAAACACAGGGUCUUGCAUAUUUUAGAAGACUGUGUUUUGAUAAUUUGCACUCGGUGUGAUGUUUUCUGUCGCCCUGUAGAUUACGCCUGUGUUUAUGAAUUAUUAGGUUUUUAGAUUAUUAUUUAUGUCAAGGCUUUUCCCCAGAGAAAAUGACUGAAAUCCCUUUUUUUUGUUUCCUAAGUGAUUGUAAGUUUAGUAAUUUGAAUAAAUCACAUUGCUAAAAUGA